CAGUCCUUAGUGCACCUGAGUCAUGAGUUCCUCGAGUCAUUCUAAGUAUAGAACAAAAUGGCUGAAAAUGAGAUUACAGCUGAAAUCAGAAAGAAAGUGCAGGCUGCUGUUGAAGCUCUGGCCAAAGAAAAGUUUAAUGAGUCAUCUCACAUUGACAGAGCUGACUUACAGACUUUCCUCGAUGCUAUUAGUGUGAUAAGAAUUGAGCCUGUCGCCCCAUCUUGUGUACUCGAGGGUCAACAACUCGUUGAGACCAAUCGUACAGAGCGAGAAUACUUGUUUCCAGGCAACCCCUCAUUGCAGAGAAAACGGGAGAGUAAUGCUAAUGCAAGUGGACAUUUAAACUUAGUUCACCCACCGUUAACUGGUGCAGUUGAAGGUAGUGUCAGUUUCACUGCAAAGGAACAGCUUGACGAGCAACCAAGACCUAUUCCACCUAAUGCCCAAAGAACACAUGAGCAAAAUACCUCAACUCACAUUUAUAAGCUGUAUCUAACUGUUCAAGCCGACUGUCUGGUUCGUGUGUACGGUAGUAAGCCACUUGUGAUUGGUGCUUCAACUGGAGGUGGUGUUGGAGCUGUUGCUGGCACUGCCACAGGGAUUGCUGGAGGGAUAACUGUGGGAGCUUUGGCUGGUUCCGUUGUCCCUGUAGCGGGUACGAUUGUGGGCGGAAUUAUCGGUGGUGUUGUCGGUGCUGUGAGUGGUCUUGUUGUGGGUGCCAGUGCUGGAGUUGGAUCAGGUGUUAGCGUUGGAGCUGUCCAUAGCAAGAGAACGUACAAGAUGAUUCAAGCUCGCGAAGUUUUCAAAAAGUUAGAGAAUUUCUCAAUUGACGGAGCCAAUGCCUGUCAGUGUACUAUUGUCGCUAACACUCUUAGCUCUUUGGAUCACCAUAUCUUAGAACCUGCUACAUGAUUAACUUUGUAUUCUCCUGAAUAAAUUGUUGUGUUAGCUAUUGAGCUGCUACCAUAAUUACAUUUGUUUGGGCAGGGUGUAGUGAUGAUGACAAUCAUGUGGUAUAUACAGCUUUAGCUAAUUAUGCUCAUUGAGAAGAUAGCCUACAAGUAAUGCCCUAAGGGGCUUGAGAUUUCAGGGAAUUCAUUCAGACUCAGACAUGCAUUCAUCUGUUGUUAUAAUACAGCCAGGUUAAUGGGCCCGCUAGGUCUCCAAUGGCUACCCUCUAUAAUACAGCCAUGCCCUCAAGAUCCAGCUUGUGUUUUCAUAGCAUGUGUUUAUUAGUAUUUCCUGCUAAUACAGUAUUUUUUUAGUCUACUUAUAAUUAUUUGUAACUCUAUGUGACCAUGUGAUUAUGUUUGGUGUAUGUGGUAUAUGUAGCCUUAAAAUAGAGCAUCUUUGAACGGCCAUAACAUUAGUUUCAUUGGUCUAAUAACGUUAAUUAAGUAGAGGCCUUUUAGAUAAUGUGUUAAAAUGAACAGUCUAGUUUGGGCCUGUUUUUCAAAAUACCAUGGGCUAUUUAUAGCUCAUCGUCUUUUCCCGAAAGUAGGAAAGUAUGGCUCGUUCCAAAUUUGAGGUUUGAGCAUACUAUCUAAAAAAGCUCUUUCUAAGCUUUCAGAAAAAUCGUUGAAUAUGGACCAUCGGAACUUUAGUUACAAAGCUGACUCUAGUACUUUCAGAACGAAGGGGAACUGCAUGUACGUACCAUGCAUGUGUGUAUGCUGUUGGAUGUGGCUAUUUUAUAGAUAUUGUUUACAUUCUUAAACUCUGCACUUUUAUGUACUGUUACUGGGAAGCAUAUACAUUACAAUAACAGGAAGUGGAUGCAUGUGUUUGUAUGCUUGCACUGUUACUAGCUACGUAUAUAUAUCUGUGUGUAUACUCUACAAGCAAGAAACUCCACAGUUAGAGAACUAGUCUAGAACUGCUACUAUUGGGACAUCUUUACAAAAUGUCUGAUCCUGAAGAGAUCAUUAAAGCUCGCAUCAAGCCCAAGAUACGAGCAGCUCUAGAGACAGCUGCAAGAGAGAUGCAUCCUAAUGGAUUCCGCAUAGACAAAGACAAUUUUGAGAGGCUUAUGGAAAUUAUCACGAUUGAGAGGAUAUUACCUAACGACAGCUGUAAACCAAACUCCCCCCCACACGCACACAGAGUGUGUAUCAGUGUUCAGGCAGACUUUCAAAUUUGUGUGUAUCUCGCACUCCCUGUCAAGAAAGGAGCUGCCCUUGCAGGAGAUGUUGUCACGGUGGCUGGUGCUACCGGAGGUACCGCUGGAGGGAUAGCUGCGGGGGCUCUGAUUGGCUCCGUUGUGCCAGGGGCGGGGACUCUAGUAGGCGGACUUAUCGGUGGGAUUGUCGGUGGCAUUGGUGGUCUGUUUGCCGGUGGAAAUAUUGCGGCAGAAUCUAAAGCGGAAGAAGAAGAAGCUAACGACAAACAUGACGUUGUUCGCACUACUGAAGUUUUUAAGAAGUUGGAAGAAUUUUCGAGCGACAAGAACAACAACACGUGUAGCUGUAUGGUGACUGCACACAUGCAGUGCCCCGGUAUUGUUGACAAGGGAAACCCCCCUGAGGAUGUCGUUGAUAAGGGAAACCACCCUGAGGACCACCAAUCUGACAAUGAUAAAACAGAGUGAUAAAUAAUCUGCAUGAAUGGUAGUAUAUAGAUAACUUACCGCUUGAGCUAGACUGAUUUGUUUCAGAAGUUACUGUGUAUAACCAUUCUCAUACGAAAACUCUAAUGCUGAAUGAUAUUGUGUUGUUCUCAUUUGCCUCAUUAACUUUGUAAUAAUUAUUCUGAAUUAUUGAUUUUGUUAGAAUACUUAUGCUUCAUGUUUUGAGCAAAAGAUCAAACACAUGUGUAAAGCAUCUAACAUUCUUAUUAUUGACUUUUUAA